AUGGCAGGUACGACAGGGGCCAUGUCGCCCGAAGGUUUAGGUUCAGCCUCAACAGCCAACAGCGUUAGAGACGACAUCACAGACCAAACGAAGCCCACGACGAACAUCAAUAAAGAGAUCAGCGAUCUUGCACGACAGCUUUCACGAGUGUCAACGACAGCCGGUACCGAAUUGAACGCUUUCUCCCCGCAACCUGGUACAAAACUCGACCCCAACUCGACCAAUUUCGACCCGCGAGCAUGGGUAAAGGCAUUUGUCAAACUCGUUGAAUCCGAAGAUGGUUCAGCGCCAUCACGAAGUCUGGGUGUCGCCUUCAAGAACCUCAAUGUCUAUGGCUGGGGCACCGGAGCCGAACAUCAAAAAACCGUCGUAGACUAUCCUCUGGACGCCGUGUCCUACGUGCUGGGUCUUCUAGGACGGGGCAAGAAGAGGAGAGUCGACAUCCUGCACAACUUUGAAGGUGUUAUUGAACAGGGAGAACUUCUCCUCGUGCUUGGUCCCCCUGGUUCAGGAUGCUCGACGUUUCUCAAGACUAUCGCGGGCGAGACGGCUGGUCUCGAAGUUGGAUCUGACUCUUACAUGAACUUUAGAGGUAUUGACGAGAACCACAUGCGCUCGUCCUUUAGAGGAGAUGUCCUGUACAAUGCCGAGAUCGACUGUCAUCUCGCCCAUCUCACCGUGGGCGAGACCCUCUCCUUCGCCUCAAGCGCCCACUCCCUUCGUCACGUCCCCGGCGGCGUCACCCGCUCCCAAGCAGACACAAUGAUGCGCGACGUUAUGAUGUCAAUCUUUGGAAUUUCCCACACCGUCGACACCCGUGUAGGCGACGACUUUGUCCGGGGUGUUAGCGGCGGCGAGCGCAAGCGUGUUAGUAUCGCGGAGGCUGCCCUAACCGGCGCCAAGCUCCAAUGCUGGGACAACACGACUCGCGGCCUGGACAGUGGAAAUGCAAUCAAUUUUUGCCGAAACCUACGUCUUCAGGCUGAUCUGGUCGGGGUUGCGGCCGCGGUGGCCAUUUACCAGGCACCGCAGUCAGCUUACGAGUUAUUCGAUCGUGUGACGGUAUUGUACGAGGGUCAUCAGAUUUUCUUCGGUCGGAUUCACGAAGCAAGGGCCUACUUUGAGAGUCUUGGCUUCGAGUGUCCCCAUCGUCAGACAACGCCUGACUUCCUGACCUCCAUGACCAGCCCGCAGGAACGCCGCGUGAAACAAGGCUUCGAACGCACCGCCCCACGAACGCCUGCCGAGUUCGCCGAGCGAUGGCAAGCCAGCUCUCAUCGCAAGCAACUCAUGCGCGAAUUGGAAACCUAUGAGCAAACCCACCCUCGCGAGGAGCGCCUUGCGGAGUACAAGGAGUCUCGCCGAGCAGAGCAGUUCAAGAACCAGCGCAGCAAGUCUCCAUACACGAUAUCAUAUCUUGCCCAGGUCAAGCUCACGCUGUGGCGAGGAUGGCGACGAUUGCUCGCGGAUCCCGGGUUUACUAUUGCGUCACUUGUCUUCAACCUGGUCAUGGCGUUGGUCUUGGGUAGUAUGUUUUUUAAUCUUCCAGAUGACUCGUCAAGCUUCUACUAUCGAGGUGGUCUGAUCUUCUUCGCUUUGUUGUUCAAUGCCUUUGCAAGUCAGCUCGAGGUUCUCACUGUCUAUGCGGAACGCCCUGUUGUAGAAAAGCACAACCGCUAUGCGUUCUAUCACCAAUCUGCCCAAGCUAUUGCAAGCUACAUCAUCGACCUGCCCUACAAGACUGCUAACAUGAUAGUCUUCAACUUGCUCAUCUACUUCAUGUCCAACCUUCGUCGCGAGGCCGGCAGCUUCUUCUUCUUCUGUCUCACAUCCUACCUCACCACUCUCGUCAUGUCAUGCAUCUACCGCACUCUGGCAUGUGUGACCCGCACGACCCACCAAGCCAUGAUCCCUGUCUCGAUUUUGAGUCUUGGGCUGAUGAUCUAUACUGGCUUUACUAUGCCUACUGACUACAUGCUCGGAUGGUCUAGAUGGAUGAACUACAUCAACCCUCUGGCUUAUGCGUUUGAAGCGUUGAUGGCAAAUGAGUUUCAUAACCGGCAGUACGGCUGCGCGACUUUGGUUCCCCAGGGCCCUGGUUAUGACAAUCUUCCUGCCAAUUCGACUAUCUGCUCUGUUGUUGGCGCGAUACCUGGAUCGUCUCUAGUCGACGGUGAUAGGUAUAUCAACUUGUCAUACAAGUACUAUAACUCGCACAAGUGGCGGAAUAUCGGUAUCCUUCUCGGCUUCUUGGCUGCCUUCUUGGUCUUCUACAUCUUUGCUGCCGAGCAUGCCAAGCCUCCCAGGAGCAAGGGCGAGAUUCUUGUUUUCCGUAAAGGCCGCAUGCCUCCCAGUUUCGACAAGAAAGACGGUACCGAUGUUGAAGCUCAAGCUACCGACCGGCCUGUUGUUGCUGAGAAAGGGAAUGCCAACGCUAACAGUGGUCUCGCGGCCGGUGCAUCGGUGUUCCACUGGGAAGAUCUAUGCUAUGACAUCCAAAUAAAAGGUAAAGAUCGACGCCUAUUAGAUCAUGUUGACGGUUGGGUCAAGCCUGGUCUUUCCACGGCCCUUAUGGGUGUAUCUGGCGCCGGUAAAACAACACUUCUCGACGUCCUUGCAACACGCGUUACAAUGGGUAUAGUCAGCGGCAACACCCACAUUGACGGUAAAUCCACAGACGCAUCAUUUCAGCACCGCGUAGGCUACGUUCAACAGCAGGACCUCCACCUCAACACCAUGACCGUCCGCGAAGCCCUCGAAUUCAGUGCUCUUCUACGCCAAUCCGCCGAGAUAUCUCGACAGGACAAGCUCGACUAUGUUGAGCAGGUAAUCGAUAUGCUGGACAUGCAGGAAUUCUCGGAUGCCGUUAUCGGAGUUCCUGGCGAGGGACUUAACGUUGAACAGAGGAAGAGACUAACAAUUGGUGUUGAGCUUGCUGCCAGGCCGCAAUUACUUGUGUUUUUGGAUGAGCCUACUUCUGGUCUUGAUUCGCAGACUUCGUGGGCAAUUUGCGACCUUAUUGAAAAGCUUACCGCCAGUGGCCAGGCUGUGCUGUGUACUAUCCAUCAGCCUUCUGCUAUACUUUUUCAACGUUUUGAUCGUCUGCUCCUACUAGCUCCUGGUGGAAAGACAGUUUACUUUGGCGACCUUGGCGAGCAGUCGCAUACUCUCCUUCAGUACUUCGAACGCAACGGUGCUCCCCCAUGUCCUAUAGAUGCGAACCCAGCCGAGUACAUGCUCAACAUCAUCCAGCCUUCCCAUGAUGAAGAAGUUGACAACAUCGACUGGCACCAAGUUUGGAGAAGCUCACCAGAGUUCCAAAGCGUGAAGCAAGAGCUUCAGCGCCUGAACGCUCUUCCAUCAACAAAGCCAGAGGGUACUAGCGCAUUUGACAACGCGGAUGCAUCGCAGCAUCAGGAGUUUGUUGCUUCAUUUUGGACACAGUUCCGCGAAGUGCUUAUCCGCACUUGGAAGAAUUUCUGGCGGUCGCCUACAUACAUCUGGUCCAAGACUGUUCUAAUCAUUCUAUCGUCACUUUACAUCGGAUUCACAUUCGAAGCGAAAAAUACAAUCCAAGGAUUACAGAACCAGCUUUAUGCUAUCUUCAUGUACAUGGUUCUUUUCCAAAGCAUCACCAAUCAGAUCAUGCCCAUAUUUGUUCCGCAGCGAGCGUUGUACGAAGUUCGCGAGAGACCAUCCAAGAUCUAUCGCUGGAAUACUUAUAUCCUGUCCAACAUCCUUGUCGAAGCAGCCUGGAACACCUUGACGGCUGUUAUUAUAUACUUUUGCUGGUAUUAUCCGGUCGGCUUCGUGCAGAACACUACCUCGGAUGAUCAGCAUAUUCGAGGCUUCCUCGUGUUCCUCUUCCUAAUGAUGUUUAUGUUAUUCACAAGUACAUUCUCACACUUUGGUAUUGUAUGUAUCGGUUCGGCCGAAGAGGCUGGUGUUCUGGCUACUUUACUUUGGAUGCUUUGCAUUGCCUUUUGCGGUGUCGGAGUCACGUAUAACGAUAUCCCUACCUUCUGGACCUUUAUGUACCAUGUCUCACCAGCAACAUACAUCGUUGGAGGCAUCAUGUCGGUCGCAGUUUACGGCUCUGACGUAGUAUGUGCAGACAAUGAAGUCCUCCAGAUGCAGGUUCCCAGUGGCAUGAAUCUUACCUGUGGCGACUUCAUGGGUCCAUUUGUUGAUGCCGCGGGUGGCUAUCUUGUUGAUCGCUCCUCCACCGACGUUUGCCAAUAUUGUUCGCUUGCUUCGACGGAGGAGUUCUUGGCAAGGUUUAACAUUGACUACGCUGAUCGAUGGUGGCACUUUGGGUUGCUUUGGGUGUACGUUUUGGCGAAUAUCCUUGGUGCCCUUGGAUUGUAUUGGUUGUUUAGAGUGCCGAGAGGUAGUGGUGUUAAGAGGGCUUGA